AUGGCAAGUUUAGGCGGUCCAGAUGGUGCCGAGAGUCAAUCAGGAGCUCAAGGCGUCCUCGAAGAAAUCACCCAGUAUCAAGACCAAAUAGAGCAGAUCAUCCUCCUGCUGCAGCACGUCGACAGCCUCCACCUCUCCAGCAUCUCCAGGGACGGCGACCUGGUGGCCGACUUCCAGGUCAUCGAAGGUGAGCUGGGAGUCGUGCAGACCUCGGGUUCCUUCGACUCGGCCCAGUUCGAACAAGAGCUUGUGGAAUACGGGGCGCAUAUGCCGCACACCACCGGCAUGCUGCGCAGACUCACGUCCGAGGGAGUCUUUGAGGGAAGCGGUGACCAAGAGUUGGAGACGGCUGCGCAAAUGGUCCUGGAGUGGCAGUCGGCGACUGGGCAGGAUAUUCAGGGAGUCAACGCUGGCUAUCACCAAUAG